AUGGGCAAGGAGGUAAGCAAAGGCUGGUCUGCCAUGGGACGCAAGAGGAGCUAUGUUUUGCAUGCGCAGGUAUUCCCGCACUUGAAAGUAAUUAGCAAAGCUGCUAUUGGUCGUCUCAGGCGCCGCCAGAUGUUCAUAAGACUAGAAUUAUAUGAGAGCACGUCUAAGCUACCGAGCAGAAGCUCCCUCAGGGUGUUUCUGAUCCUCCUUCUGGUCGUCCCUUUCGCCCUCUGGCUCUACCAGGACGCGCUGCCGAGGACCCCGCAGACGUCCUACUGGAAGGCGGCUCUGGAUUCUGGUCGAGACUUCCUGUUGGGUGAACAGGAGCCGUUGCCUUGGUGGGACGGAGGCGACUGCCCUUGCCACGGCAAAUGGUGCUUUCCAGAGCAGGGUCGCAACCUCUCGUGGGAGGACGCGGGCGGCGCCUGUGGCCGGAGGGCGUGGCUGGCAGGCGGAGGGCAGAAGGUCAUCAGUUUCUCGCUGUUCGGGAACGACCCGCUGUACUGGAGAGCGUUCGGGAGGAACCUGAACGCGACAAAAGCCAUGUACCCCGACUGGGUCGUGUGGCUUUACACUAAUCCUCGCGGCCGGGAAGAUGUCCUCUGCCCGCUCCUGCGCGAUUUCCCUCACUUGUACAUCUGUGACGUCACCAACUUGCCUUCGCUUGGAAAUGUGACGUCAAUACACAACAUGGUGUGGAGAGCGCUGCCCCUUGGCGACGAAAGGGUCUCCGCGUUCUUCGUCCGAGACUCAGAUUCGAUCACCCAGAAACACCAACUUCUGACUAACUACAGCAAACAUCAUAAUGUUCUGUGUGCAAGAAUGAAUGCCAAAUAG